GGACAAGCCGCGUUUCUUUCUUGCUUGUGCUUUUGACGACCCACACAUCUUUUUGUUGUCGUUGUUCAUAAUCAAAUUCUGUAGCGCGUGAUGGGAUGGCACGGUGAGCCAAUGAAAAUGCGAGGCGUUUUGACAGCCUUUAUAUAAGGGCGUCAAGUUGUUUUUUGAAACGAUCGCCGUCACUCAGGCUACAAACGGGCAGUGUGGACAGUCGCUCGCAGUCGCCGUCUUCUUACUCCGCAUCAACAAAGUUCGGAUACUUUAACAUUCUCUCUCUUCAAGUCGCCUGCGGAAGUAAUAUGUGCGUCGGAAACUGGAUUCGAGAUGUUUCAGCUGUCAAGCUCGUGCUCUGUCUGUCUGUCGUGGCUCUUGCCCUGGAAACGAGUGACGCGCAGUUCUUUUCCAAGACAACCAACACGAUACCCAGGAUGGGUAGAAGAGCUUACGCACCGCCACUGAGCGACAGCCUUCCUUCCGAUAUGAGGACAGCAGUGACAUUCCUCAGAAAGUUCGACACGGAUGAAGAUGGGGUGCUGACGGCCGAUGAGUUGAUGGCAGUCCCGGCUCUCAAGUUCUUUAGCUGGGACCAGCCGUUCGGAUUACGACAAGGAAAAGGAACUAAAGGGUGUAGAAACGGAAGAUGUGAUGCUGAUUCCAACUUGCCCAACAUCCUUGACGAGUUUGACGAGCGGAUUGCUAUGUGACGCAACGUCAUGAUUAUCCCGACGAUUCUUCGCUGUGUUCCUAUCUCACGUGAUGGAAAUAGAAACGGUUCACGUGACAUGUUGAAAGCACAAUAAAGUUUUUACCAAACCCA